GGGCAAAUCAAAAAUGCAUUUCUUGUCUUUCAGAGAACUUUCCAUUACGAUUCCCAAUUCUGGAGCAACAGAAAUGGUUAUAACUUUGCUGGAAGCAAGACUGGCUUUGACUCACAAGAGACCAAGUUGCCAACCUACUGGAGCACACCCUUCUCCAAGAUCUGCCUCGGUAUGAAUAUUAGUCAUCAGCUCAGGUUCAUUGUCAUCAACAGGCACGCCAACUCACUGUUCUCACUGAUCGCUGAUGGGAAAUACCGCGCCACCUCAUUGGGUCGUAACACGUGGAAGUGGCUGAUUGGUGAGGGGCCUCCCUGCAGCCCAACUGCAAUAAGGAAGGAUUCAAUGCAGUGGGAGACAAUCCUCGUCAUUCCAAAGCAAGAAUCGGCAUCACGGCUAACGAGCAGAAUGACUGUGGUUCCUGUGACUCCCGAAUUGGUUUUGGCACAGGAGGUCUAUAUGAUGAUUCUAGCACGUGUGGAAAUGAGGCAAUGUACUCGCCAGAUAAUGGAAACAAGCACAUCAAAGCCAUGGGUUACAUCCUGGUACAUUGAGAGGGGACACAGUUAA